GUAAAUAAAACCGUGGCAGCAGUCGAGCUCCCAAAAUACUUUCCCUCAACACCUUUUUCCCAAGUUCAAGAAUUCUUUCAUAGAAUUCAUCCCCACCCCAACACCGUCACCAUGGCCGACUCUCCAAAGGAGAACAAAAAGCCGGCACCGCUCCCGAGCUCCCCUCUCCGUGAAUAUGAAGGCGACACGCCCAUGACCGACGCGUCUCCCCUCAACACCGUUCAGGGAUCCCGUACACGCCCUUCUCCGGCUGAUACUCCCGUGCGCGCGCCCCGCACCUCGCUCUCCGGACAUCAGUACGUCAACGAGUACAUCGCGACCCCGCGUAACUCGCGCUCCUCAUCGACCUCGUCAACCGGCGGUGACCCGAUUGUCCCCACCCCCGGCAUGGUCCCGCGCUCGCGCACCAGCAUCAACACGGCCGGCCAACGCACGCCCACCCAAGGCGCUGCACAGCCCUUGACUCCCUACCCGGGCACUGACGCAUCCACUCCGGGUCUGCCUGCCAUGUCCACCAUGACUCCCGGAACUGGCAUCUCGUCUCUCGCCAGCUCAAGCAGCUUCCGCAGCUCCGUUCUCGCAGGCGAGCGCCCCAUGCCGGAGACGCCCGCGCAGGCCACCACGGGCACGCCGAAGGAGAUGCCCGAGCGUCGUCGCAGCACCCGCUUCAGACCGCGCGAUAGCGUGGGUGUCAUCACGCCCACCAACCCCACGCACCGCCGUGCAAGCGCGCUCUUCCAGUCGCAGUCCGAUGCUGCGCGUGAAGCGGAUGCCGUACGUGAAGCGGAUGCCGCACGUGAAGCCCAUGAAGCCGAUGUCGCGCAUCAGAACGAGGUGAGGCGUAGACUAAGAAGUAUAUUCAAGGGUAGAAUGGCGGAGAAUCUCGGCCUCGCUUCUGAUUCGUCCAAGAGCUCACAGAAUAAGGAGGUGGAGAAGGACAAGGAGGGUGAUAAGGAGGAGGAUGAAGAUGAGGAGAAGAAGGAUUAA